AAUAGCUAUAUAAUUUUUAUAAUAGAUAUAAUUACUAUUUAUUGAAAAAUCAUGGUGAUGAUGCAGUUAUUAAUUAGUCCUAGCAUUGUUUUUUUGGAAUCAAAUUUGAUUUCAAAUAUAGAAAUAUAUAUUUGGGGAAAGUUUUAACAUGGUAUAUUUUUGUAGAUGACAAAUUACAACUUUUUAAACAAAAGCAAAUAAAAGAAAAUGCAAUUUUACCGCCGGACAUCAAAAAUAGUAAAUCGGAAGAAAAAUCAAAAAAUAAUUCAGAUCCAUCAGAAAUUUGUUCAUCAACAGAGCUAUUAGAAAAAUCAAUGGACUUAAAUUGUCCAUCUAAAGCAUAUAUUCAAGGUUUUACUGUGGAAAUAUGCACUGAAUGGGAGAGGUCAACAAACCAGAAAACGAAGUUUGGGAAACUGUAGCAAUUAAUUCUUUGGGGUUAUCUGAAGAAACCCCACGAAAUGAACAACGAAUAAAAAAGUCGCAGCCAUUGUCAUCAGCUGACAUAUUAAAAGAAUCGUCUUUGUGCACUAUAUCUAAUAGAAAUAUAUAGAAUAGGAUAUAUAAAAAUGCAGAAUAUUAACCCUAGCUGUAUAAAAAACUCGACCGCAAUUGAACCCAAAGUAACCAAUAAUACUUUGUAUACCACGGAUGCAAGCAAAAUAAAUUCUACAAUUGAAACUCAAUCAGAAGACUUUUCGUCCGAUUGUCUACCACCUGACUCAAAUGGUAUGGUAAUACACAACGUUUCUGGUUACACAUCCGUAAAAAACCCACAAAAACUACAGGAAACAGGAUCAACUAGCGGAAUUAGGUCGCCGCUAUUGUCAUUGGACAGAUUAGAAGAAUCGUCAUGGAGAGCAAUAUCUAAUAGAAAGUCCCCUGAAAUGCGGACUACAGAUCAAUUCCACUUCAAAAACUCAACGGCAAUUGAACCACAAGAAACCAGUGACUGUGUAGGUUUUACGGAUAUAAGCACAAUAAAUUCUACAAUCGAAACUUUGCCAGGAAACUCUACGUCAGAGUUUCUACCCCCCGAUUCUAGCAACAACAACAAUAGCACAAAUGUGAGCUCCUUCAUAGAGGUUAUACCUAAACCAGUAAAAGUCGAUGUUUUGACAGUACCAUUUUCGAAGCAAAAAUCAAAGCAACAUUUCUGUGUGUUUUGCAAAACCUUACAAUGUAAGAUUGCUCGACACUUUUGUUUGAGGCACAAAAAGGAGAAUAUGGUUAAAAUGGCAAUGGCCUUACCAAAAGGAAACCGAAAACGCAGAGAAAUAUUUGAUAAGCUCCGAAAAAAAGGAGAUUUUAUACAUAAUACCGCUCAUGAUAAAAAUACAGGUUCACUUAUCGUUACAAGACGACAACAAUCAGAAGCAUACCAUAAAGCAGACCACUACGUAUGCUGCGUCCACUGUAAAGGGUAUUAUAGCAUCACUUCGGCAAGAACUCAUAUUAGUAAAUGCUCUAAUAAAAAAAAUAAACGGAACAAUUUCAUUGAAGGUAGGAAAAUCACUCAAUACGUACACGAAUUGGCAAACACAGAAAUCAAAACAGCGAUUUUUCCCGUUCUACGAAACGAUGAAAUUACGAAGGCCAUUCGGUACGACGAACUAAUAAUUAGAUACGGCAACAGGUUAUCCGAAAAGUUACCUGAUAUUCACCACCAUGAUCAAAUCCGAGCGAACAUGAGACUCUUGGGUCGAUUCAAAAUUGAGUGCAUAAAAUUACAUCCUGAAAUAAAGGAGUUGAAGGAAAUUUUUAAGCCACAUUAGUUUGAUAUGACAAUUGAAGCAUUACGCAAAACUGCAAAGUGGGAGUUUGGUCGGGGGUUUUCUACUCCAGCAGUUGCCACCAACUUAUCAGGUUCGUGGGAACAUACAAAAGAAUGAGUUCAUAAAAAAUCAAAAUAUUGAUAUGAAAGACCUUCUGGACAAUUUUGUUUCAUUGUGGGUUGAAGAGACUCCCACUCAAAUAAAUAAAACAGCUAUUGAAGAUAGAGAAAACAAAAAAAGAUCUAAGAAGGAAGAUUUGCCAAACAAAAAAGAUAUCAAACAACUUUAUGAUUUUCUAAGAACCAAAAUGGUAUAUUCUAUAGCUACAUUAACUAAACAAUUUAUCUUUGAUACUACUCUAAUAUGUCUACAAGUGUUCAAUCGACGACGAGCCGGUGAGAUCGAGAGAAUAACUAUUGAAAACUACAAUAAGAAGGAAACUAUUACUGACAAUAUAGAAGCUGGAUUUCUUGAUAAUAUUUCUAACCAAUCUUUUGAAUUCGCUAAACAGUAUGUAAGAAUUACCCUAAGAGGCAAAUUAGGACGUAGUGUCAGCAUAUUGCUGGAUCCUUUAAGUAGAAAGGCAGUUGACCUUAUAUUAAAGCAUCGCAAUAGUGCCGGAAUCCCGAAAUCAAAUCACUAUAUUUUCGCGGCUCCCGGAUCAUCAGGAAUAUCAAAAAAAUAUAUAAGAGCUUGCCCGUUAUUACGCAAGUUUGCCUUAGAGUGUGGGGCUACUAUUCCUCACACAUUAAGAGGAACUAAAUUAAGGAAGCAUAUAGCAACGUAUACAGCUUUGCUAAACGUUGAAGAAGCCACAGUGGAUAAGCUAGCAAAUUUUCUUGGUCACCAUAAGGAUAUACACAAAAGUAUUUAUAGAGUAUCGGUACCAAUGGCGGAAAUCACUACAGUGUCGAAGAUUUUGCUGUCAGCUGCUGGUUGUAGGAAUGAGGAAAACUCCGAAAAUAAUAGUUUUGAUAAUCUUCGUGGAAACAUAACUUCCGAAUCUGAGUCAUCAUCUGAUGAAUCAGACAAUAUUACAUAUGGCGCAAAUUUGGUAAAAAAGAAAAUUGGUAGUAAGUAUAAUAGGAAGACUAGUAGUACCUACAAUAAGAAACUUGAUAGUAAGUAUAUUGAGUAGAAACUAUAACUAAGCUUGCGUAGACUUAUGUUUCAAAAUACACAGUGGUUAAUUUACCGAAAACCAUGACCAAAAUCAAAUGCAUUAUGAUCUAGCUUUAAUUUUUUUUUGUAUUCCUGAUUUUAUAUUUCAUUUCACUUAACCCUCCUACUGAGUAUUAAUGUGGCCUUUUUGGUCCACUGUGUGGAUAAGCUAGCAAAUUUUCUUGGUCACCAUAAGGAUAUACACAAAAGUAUUUAUAGAGUAUCGGUACCAAUGGCGGAAAUCACUACAGUGUCGAAGAUUUUGCUGUCAGCUGCUGGUUGUAGGAAUGAGGAAAACUCCGAAAAUAAUAGUUUUGAUAAUCUUCGUGGAAACAUAACUUCCGAAUCUGAGUCAUCAUCUGAUGAAUCAGACAAUAUUACAUAUGGCGCAAAUUUGGUAAAAAAGAAAAUUGGUAAUACUUCUUGCGGAAAAACAAAAAAAUGCCGGUGGACAAUCGAUGAGCAAGAAGCUUUGACUGCUGAAUUUGGGGAUAUUUUUUCAAUGGAAAAGUUGCCAUCUCUCAAGGAGUGCAUGAGGGUCGUGUCUGAAAAUGAAGUGCUAUGCUGCAGAACCCCAGCACAAGUAAAAACG